AUGCUGCUAUUCACCGCCCUCUGUUUGCUCCAGGGCAUCGUUUUGGCUUUGCCCUCGGCGGCGACGGGUCAGGGUUUCGCCUGCAGAUCUGAACUCCCGUCCGAGGAUUCGCUCCGGAAGCUCGCCAAGUCGCAGCAUCGCGCGUUCUGUGUUGUCAAGCCGCACCCCCAUGGCGGUGAUGAUGCGCCCGCCAUAGUCGAUGCCCUCAGUAUCAAGUGUCGCUCCAACGCUCUCGUGUACCUUCCCGGCCCCGUCUACAAUAUCAAGACGGUCAUGACGACGGCCAAGCUCGACGACGUCGCCAUCCACCAGCCGGGCCGCCUGCUUUGGAGCACCGACAUUGCCUAUUGGCGCUCCGUCUCCAUGCCCGUCGAUUUCCAGAACCAAACUACGGUCUGGUACUUUGGCGGUAACCGUGUCACUUGGGACGGCUACGGCGUCGGUACGCUGGACGGUAAUGGCCAGAUCUGGUACGACUGGGCCAAGAGCCGAGGCAACCUGCCGCGUCGGCCCAUGAACAUCAACUUCCGCGGCCUCACAAACUCCGUCAUCAGACGGCUCCGGUUCGUCCAAAGCCAAAUGUGGACGAUGGCCAUCACCUAUUCCAAGCGCGUCGACCUCGACGAUAUUUACGUCAGCAGCGUCUCCAACAGCAAGUGGAACACGCUCAACACGGAUGGCUGCGACACCAUCUACUCAGACGACAUCACCUUUCGCCGCUGGUACGUCAACAACGGUGACGACGCCAUCGCGCUCAAACCCAACUCGAGCAACAUCAAGGUCUUGGACAGCGUCUUCGAAAACGGCCAGGGCGUCGCCAUCGGCUCCAUGGGACAGUACGACGGCAGGUACGACUACAUCACCAACUUUUACGCCCGCAACAUCACCCUGCGCAACACGGCCCACGUUUCCUACCUCAAGACCUGGGCCGGCCUCUCGCGCGGCUACCCUCCCAACGGCGGCGGCGGCGGACUUGGCCGCGCGUCCAACAUUGUCAUGGAGGACGUCAGGGCCGAGCGGCUCCGCCGCCAGCCAUUUUUCGCCUGGCAGUGCGAAAACUACUCCGGCUUCGCCGGCAAGGACUGCCACUCUAGCAAGUUCAAGAUGGACGAGCUCGUGUGGCGGAACGUCCGCGGCACCGUCGACGACGCCGUCAACGAGGUCGGCUGGUUCCAAUGCAGCGCCGCCGCCGGCGGUUGCAACGGAAUCACCGUCGCGAAAAUAAACUUCCGAAAGGUCAACGGCACGCCUCUCGACAGGUGGCACUGCGAAAACGUGCAUGGUAACCAUGGUUUCCAAUGCUGA